UUUGGCCGCCGGCAGAGUCAAAAGAACGGCGAUGUUUAUAGCUCAACAGGUUUUAUUUUGUUUUUUUAAUAUUUUUUAUUUUUAAGUUGAAAAUAAAGCGGGGACGGCCUGUGACUUGUCGGACCGUUUCGGGGCGCCCUCAAGCGAGCCCACGGCCGGGAGGUAACGCGCGAUAUAUGCUGUUUGCGUCCGCUUUCGUUUGUUUACAAAACAAUUCACCAGGAAUCGAAAGGUGCGAAGGGAGAGACGUCCUGUCGGGGGGGCCGGUCGCUGAGAUGAGAUCGGAUAAUGGACCUCAACUGUCCGGGUUCGAGCGACUCGUUGAAGAAUGAAGACGCUCAGGGGCACCAGCAACAACAGCAACAUCAACAGCAGCAGGAGAAGGUCGGAUGCGGGAUACAGCUCAGGACGAGCGCCAGGGUCUCGAAAAAGCUCCGUCUCGACCAGGAGGCACUCGCCGCGGCCAACGACUGCAAAAAAGAUGACAAACGUGAAGAAGAGAUCAAAGAGGAUGUCGCAGAAGAGAAGCCGAGGGCGAGGAGAGCGCCCGUACUCUGGUCACCUGAUGACAAGGCUGCAUUCUUUGAAGCGUUGAACGAGCACGGGAAGAACUUCGACGCCAUCGAGAAAUAUAUGCUGAGCCGAGCGAAAAAGCGCGGUGACCAUUCGGCGAAGAACCGAGACCGCGCACGCCACUUCUACUACCGCACUUGGCACAAGAUCAGCAAGCAUGUACACUUCCCUGAAAGCGUUAAAAAGGUGACGCAGGAGCUGUACGCAUUGAUCAACUUCGGCGAGCUGCGCAAGAAGGUCGGCUACGUUACGGAAAAGAAUGCCCAGAAGUUCAAUGAGCUCAUAUACUCUGGCUGUACGCAAGUCCGGGUACGAGGAAAGGCCUGGAGGGUGAAAACGCCUGUAUGCCGAGCUCUGCGCAAAUUGAACCAAUUCGAAGAUGAUUGCGAGGAGGUCCGCCUGCCGUCAAGAGUUGAGGUUUUGAUAACACCGCGUUCGAACCGCGACUCGGCUCAUGUCCAGGCAUUGGCACACAACCCGAGGGUCAGAACGACGCUUUCACUUGAUACGACUGUCGAUUCUCUGAGGGAGUUCCUGCAGUCACGCUGGUGGUCGGGAAAGGAGGUUUUGAAGAUCGGUCCAAAGAAGGAAGCCUUGCCGGUCCAGGCGAGCUACAAGUGUGGCCAGGUCGUGACAAGCAGUUCGGUAUCAUUGCUAGCCCACGAGCAGCGCCUGGGCGGGAACGAUGCGUACGAGCACCUCAAGGCACUCCUCUCUCAGCUCCAGAUCGGCAAGACGAAGAGCAUGCUCAAGUGGCAGCGAGACGGGCCACACACAGAUCCGAGGCUCAACUCAGACGUCGUAGACCCCAAUGGGCUCGAUGAGCAGCCGGUCGCCUCUGAGGGUAGUGUUACUAGGACAAGGAUAGGCCAGCUUUAUAUAACGUAUGGGAGCAAGGGAGUCUUGGAGCUUGAGUACUGGUGGGAGCAGGCGGGCGACGAGGAGUCUGAAUUUGCCAAGGCACUCCAGAAACUCGUCUCUAUCGCAAAACUUUACCACCUUAAAAUUAAAGUCGAGUGUCCUUGUGGACAUAUUUGUAAAAAUAACGUAAAGCCGACCACAAAUAUACAGGCAAAAGCGUCAAAGCAGAUCAGGGCUGCCAAAUCUGCUAAACCGGAGCAGCGAGAGAACAAGGUGCUUUGCUUUAAGCAACCUUUGCUUCCUGCUCCUUCGAACAGCACCCAGAAUGUGAGCAAGGGUGCACCGGACGGUUUUGCAGCACUUCAGUUCUUCAGGUCCAAGUAUUGCAACAGAAGAGGCCGUUCGAGACAGCGUUCUGUCGUUGUACAACGCAUGCUGCCUCUCCUGCCCAAGACGACACUUCCGCUUGUAGUUACGUUGCAGACCAUGCAGCCCAAUCCGACAAAAACGUACACCCCGCCUAUCGUCAUCAACCCGAAUCCAGUUGUAGGGGAAGAGCCAGGCCAGUUUCAAAUGGUCCAGCAGUCUGUGGCGCCUGGACUGAUUGGAUCGACGCAGCCCUUCCAGCCGGUCGCCGAAGUCACGCCUCCAGUACAAAAGGAUACAGACGUUUCACCUGUUUCAGAAGCACCCGCUGACAUUAAUACCCCAGGGACUUCGAAUACAUUUAAAGGCAUACUAAGCGGUGGAGAUCAAAAUGAGGCGAUAUUGGACAACGUGGAAAUGUUUGAUGUCUCUGCACCAACGAGCCCGUCUCUCCUUUUAAAAGACGAAGAAGGACAAUGGCUUAAUUCCGAGGUUGCUGAUUUUUCAUUAAGCAGUUUCUUAGGCCACCUUGAGUCGCCUUUGAAGUCGAACGGACUUGCUGGAACCGAGGACACGCACAUGUCGACUGAUGUUGAUUCCCACUUCCAGAGCCUCAUGGCUGAGUCAAGCCUUGACUACACGGCCAAGUUUGCUGACCUUGCUGCAAAAAUAGUCGGCAACUCGGCCGUACAGAACUUGCCCUCCGACCCGCCUUAGCUGACGACAUAUAUUCUCCCCCUCCCAAUAGUCUUUUCUUUUAAUUUUUAAUAUAUUUAUUAUAUUUAUAUCAUGGGAUUCAUUGUAGGAGGAAUAAUAAAGCAGUGAAAUAAUCAAAGGAAGAUUGGAGGUACUUGUACUUCUGGAACCGCUAGCUGUUGGUAAAAGCGAAAAAGCAUGUGAAUUCACACUUGUCCACUGUCAGCCAUCAUAAAUAACAAAAUUAAUCCUCAUCCUACCGUUAUAAAAUCAUCCAACUUUAACUUAGUUUUUUUUGUAAUUUAUUUUUUAAUGUUGCCCAUCAAUUUUGUUUAUAUAUUUGUUAAUCAACUUAUCAUUCUGUUGUUAUUCUUGACUUACAAUUUUGUUCCUGACAACUCAUGCAAUUCGAUUCAGUCAUGAGUACUUACACACAUUUACAUAUGUAUACAUUCACACUACAAUAUACAUAUGAGAACAAAAAUAUAUAAUAAAUUGUAUAUUAUUAGAUGUUGUUUAUAGUUUGUAAAUUUUUAUAUUAAA